GGACUCCGGGAAAGCUCAACUUGAAGUGUGACAGAAGGCACUUACCCUCCUUCUCAGGCAACAGGGGACCCCUGAGUUCUCACUGACAGCAGGAGGGAGUUCUUGACAGCAAGUCCUGCAGCACAGGGCAGGAGCGAAUGCCACCAUCUUCACCGCCCACGCCUGGGCUGUCCCCAGUCCAUGUCUGCCCAGUGGAGAAGCCCCAAGAACUAAGCUUUCAGAUAAACGACAGUGACUGCCACCUCCAGAAUGUCACCUGGCUAUGACUAUGACUGCUUCCCAUGACAUCUGGGCAUCUCUGUGGGGUUUCCUCCAGGGGCAGUCUCACCAGACAACAGUGUUUGUUGACAGUCCAUCAAUAGUGAGACAACAGCCUGACUCCAAACACAGACAAGGAACAGGAAGCCAAGAGCUGCAGCACAGCACAAACAGCCCAGCUGUAUAAAGGUGACCUCCACAGCAUCUCACACACACACUCACUCACACACUCACUCACUAAAUCACAUCUCGCCCUCCUCCGUCCAACCCCGCCAUGGCCGCCUCCACCAUGUCUGUCUGCUCUGACGCUUGCACCAACUCCUCCUGGCAGGUGGACGACUGCCCAGAGAGCUGCUGUGAGCCCAGCUGCUGCCAGCCCAGCUGUUGUGCCCCAUCCCCCUGCCUGACCCUCAUUUGCACCCCAGUGAGCUGUGUGUCCAGCCCCUGCUGUCAGUCUUCCUGCACACCAUGCUGCCAGCAGUCUAGCUGCCAGCCCUCAUGCUGUCAAUCCUCCUGCUGUGUGCCUGUGUGCUGCAAGCCUGUCUGCUGCACACCCAUCUGCUCUGGUUCCUCCUCAUGCUGUCAGGAGUCUAGCUGCCAGCCCUCAUGCUGCACCUCCUCACCCUGUUCUGUGACCCUGUGCUGCAAGCCUGUCUGCUGCACACCCAUCUGCUCCGGGUCCUCCUCAUGCUGCCAGCAGUCUAGCUGCCAGCCCUCAUGCUGCCAGCCAUCCUGCUGUGUGCCUGUGUGCUGCAAGCCUGUCUCCUGCAAGCCCUGCUCCAGCGUGUCCCUGCUCUGCCGCCCUGUGUGCAGACCCGCCUGCUGUGUGCCCACCUCCUCCUGCUGUGCCUCCUCCUGCCAGCCCAGCUGCUGCAAGCCCUGCUCCAGCGUGUCCCUGCUCUGCCGCCCUGCCUGCUCCAGCCAGGCCUGCUGUGGCCUCUCCUCAGCCCAGAAGUCCUGCUGCUGCUAA